UUGGUGCUUUUGAAGAAGCGCUAAUGGUUACGAAAUAGGGUGAUUUUCACGGCCGUGGUACGUUUGAAGUAAAGUUGACCAAACAAGUUGAUAUGUGUAAGUCUAUGACGUCAGAAAUUAAAAUGACUCACAUUUAGCUAAUUGAAUGGCCGACCGGUUAGCAGGGGCGCCGCAACCACAGCUGGUUCGAACGGCACGCUCGCCUUAAUGGUUCUGGUGGUAGAACAAAUCUUCUCGGAUAAGAACUAUAAACCGUAGGCUCGUGUGCACUAUAAAGAAACCGAAAUAGGCCUAUAUACAUAGAUUUGGCGCAACAGGGUGAGGGAUUUUAAUUUCAGAUUAUCAUGUUGAAAUUGUUUUACGCAUGCUUUUGUUAUAAAAAUUGUUAACAGAAAUAAAAUUAUCUCUCGUCCCUAAGACUCAUAGAAGGACUUGGUUUAUAAAACAUCAUUCAUCUUGUAAUUUUAGAGUUACUUUCUGUUGGAUGCGAAAAUACAAAAAUAAUUUAAAUAAAAAUAGAUAAUAUAAUCCCAAAAUAUUUGGGUUGCAUAGCUUGGUGGUUAAGAUGCUUGCCUUCCAACCACAGGGUCCUGGGUUCAAUUCCUGUCAGUGUUGCAGGAUUUUUUCUCACGACCAAAACAACUCCACUCCCUAAAUCUCAUAUUGAGAUUUAGUUUGUGUAAAAGCAUCGUGUGUAUAUGUUUGACUUGUGUAAGGGAUUGUCACCUACAAGUAGGAAAGUGAUAUAUUCGCUAUUGACAAUCCUUGGCACAUGUAUUGUGUGCCUAAAUAAAUAAUAAUUAAAAAAAAAUAUUUGAUAUUACAAUACUAUUAAUGAUUUAGGUGAUAAUUGUGUAAUAUAUAAAACAUAUUUUGUUUUCUCUUGAAGUUUCAGCAAUUGCCUAGAAACCAAUUUCGACAGUUUCAGUUUGUUCACUGAAUUGAGAAAGCGUUUGGAUAAUGAUUCGUUCAAUCCAAUUAUUGUGUACCAAUCACAUUUGUGUUUCCAAAGAAACAUGUUGCAAUUUCAAAGAAAACACUCAACAGCAUUCAGUCAGGUACUUAAUAGAUGGCGUGUCUCUGAAAUGGACCUUCAGGAGCAGCUUUCAAUACCAGCCGAUUGGCUGACAAGCCUUUACGACAAAUUAAAGACUCUAGAGGCCUCAACUAUAAGGGACCCAGACCAUCAGAGAACAUUUUUUCGCUUAAUUGGAAAUACAUUACACAUGCUACAACAGCUCAUUCUGCGUGGAAGGGAUCUCAAAGAAAGUGUCGAACAAGACAGUAGCAAACACGUCACCUCCGUAUUACUGAAGCUGCCGACUGAGACAGUCAUCGAGCCUCAUUUAUUUCAAAAAUUAUCAAAUAUUCAGGAUGACUGGAUAAAGAAACAGGAUCAAGUGACAUUGUAUACUAAACGAAAAAGAGAUCAUGUGCCAUUUCAAAAGCGAUAUCGUUCGACUCAAAUCAACCUAUAUGUGUCUAAAUCUGCCAUUAUUUUGACGUCUUCCUCAGACGAAACUGUCGAAAAUUCAAAAACGUUCUGUAGCUGUUAUGAUCGAAACUAUGCUGAUGUGGCUAUCAUAGAUGCAAAAUCUCGUGAGAGCUGGAUGCCUGAGAGAGAACAUUUGUUCAAACUGUGGAUCUAUGAAAAGGACGGUAUCAAAUACCAGCAAUAUGAAUACGUCAUCGGUCUGAACUCUGAUCGAUCAAUGAAGGAUUUAUUGGAAUGGAAAUCGGCACUUGUUGUGGCUACAGGUGAAUCUGGGAUAUUUGAUGACUACAGACGACCAACCCACAUUGUAACUGAAUCCUUCAUCACUGACAGAAAAGGCGAGCUUCAUCUGGAAAUCGACGACAUCGUAGAGAUUCUAGAAAUGCAGAUCGCCCGUGACGAAACCUGGGUAAAGGGAAUGCGACUUAGUGAUAAGAAGACUGGGUGGUUUCCAAGAAACAAGUUGGGCCAUGAAGUCGACAGUGAAUACAGCAUAGGUCAAGAGGUUAAGCUUCGUUAUCGAAGAGAGAGAGAAAGGAGAAACGAUCAAGGAUGGCUCCAGGAUUUUCCAGAAGUGGGGCCCAAUGUCCUCAUCAGAGUGGGGGCCGGCGACCCCAACGAGAGCGAAAGUAGGCGUGGUCGGGAUUCGCUCAGAGUCUUAGAGAGGUUGUCGAGGGGGCGGAGCCCCCAUGAUGAAUGAGAAUUUAGUGGUUUCAAGGGCUUAUUAAAUCGAUUUUAGUCUU